AUGGCGUCCCCCCUGGUUGGAAGGGAGGAGAUGUUGACCAUGACGGACGUCUUGACCAUAGCGGACGCCUCCACCACCACCACCGUCACCACCACCUUUGUCACCACCAACGUUCCCACCAUCACCACCACCACCAACCAACUCACCAUCACCACCACGACCAACGAACUGACAAUCACCACCACCACCAUCGACCCUACCUUGACCACCACCACCAACGCUCCCCCCACCAUCACCACCACGAGCACCACCUUCACGACCUUGUCGGCGACGCAAGGCACGUCGAAGAGGGCAGUGGAAGUAGCUUCUUCUAUAGCUACAGCAGCAGGACCAAUAGCAGCGGUCGUCAUCGGAUGA